AUGUCGCUCGCGUGGCUCCGCAGCCACGCUCGCAAUCGCGACCGCGGCAACUCGCGGAGCCGAUCCAACAGCCAGCGUCUCGCGGCGCAGCGCGCGCACCGCCAGUUCGCUGGCGCCGAGGCGUACGCGCCCCGCGUGACGUACGAUAACUCGUUCGUGGUGGACAGCAGCGUCACGUCCCGAGACGCCAACUGGCUCACCGACGAGCAGUACAAGCGCCAGUAUAUGCGGCUCGGCUGGGAGGUGGCGCCGAUCCGCAAGGACGGCAACUGCCUCUUCCGAGCGCUCAGCGACCAGCUCUACGGACACGAGCGGCGCCACCUGGAGCUGCGCCGCCGUCUCGUGGACUUUAUCGACCUCGAGCGCGCCUUCUUCGAGCCGUUCGUGGCCGGCGAGGGGGUCGUCGAGUACUGCGCGAGACUUCGGGAGGCCGGCGCGUGGGGCGGCCACCCGGAGCUCGUAGCGGCCUCGAGACUGCUGGGUGUCAACAUCAUCGUGCACACAGGCCCCGUCAAGCGACUGCGUAUCGACACGGACAAGUACGCGCGCACCAAGGAAGGCAAGGGCAAGACCAUCAACCUGUUGCUCAAGCACGACCACUACAGCAGUCUCCGCAAGAGGGAGAAGCCCAUCGAGCAGCAGCACGGAUGCUCCGACAUGUGUCUGUGCCGGCGAGUCGUGGCUCCUUCCCGGGCCUCGCUCGACUCCCGCGCGUCGCUGGGCGCUCGUCCGUCGGACCUGGGAUCGAGUUUCGUGGAGCUGGAUCGACGUAGCUCGCUCGGCUCGCGUCCUGUAGAUAUCACGUUGGGGCCCGACAAGCGUCCUCGGAGUCUGAAGGGGGCGUAUGGACGCAAGCCCGUACCCGAAGCCAGCAACAACAGCGGUGAGGGCAGUCCCGUGCGCAAGAAGCAGCAGAGGGCCCCGCUCAAGAUCAAGGCUCGAGCACCGGAGAAGCCCAAGGCGCCAGCUCCUGCCCCGCCAGCUCAAGCUGCGCCUGCCAAGCCGAGAACGCCAGCGCCCGCCGCGCCGAGCAGGCCAAAAUCGCCAGCACCGGCACCACCGGCCAAGCCGAAGACACCAGCUCCUGCUCCGCCAAGCAAGCCGAAGACGGCAGCGCCCUCUCCGCCGAGCAAGCCGAAGACCGCCGCUCCUGCUCCGCCCAGCAGCAGACCGCAGGCACCGGCACCAGUUCCGCCCAGCAAGUCUCGACCGGUUGCCCCCGCGCCGUCGCCAGCUCCGCUGGUCAAGCCUACCCCAGUUGUGCAGACUAUGAAGCCCAAGGCAGUCUCUCCUCGACCGAAGGCCAGGACUCCGAUCCCCACUCCUCCGGAGACGCCGAAGAGUGCGGGCGUUGUGCUCUUCCAGCCGGAGUCGUUGAAGCCCGUCGUGAAGCCGAAGGCUCCGCUGGUGGUGCUGUUCGAGCCCGAGAAGUCCCCCGUGUCGUCCCCAGUCUCCAAGAAGGCCACCGUGAACACGGCCACCCCCACGAAGCCCACAUCCACCUUAGUGCUGGACGUCGAAGUGGAGAAGCCCGAGUCGGUCCCAGUUAGCAAGCCCAAGGUUGCCGGUGUCCACAAGCCUCGCCGCGCCGUCUUCAACGGCGGGCGGCGUCGCCGUUCCAGCGCAGCCGCGUUGGCGCUGAUGCAGGAGGUGUCUAUCAGCCUCAACACUAGCCCCGAGCCCGUGGCUGCGGCUGUGGCUCCUGCUCCUGCUCCUGUGGUGAACCCGCCCACCCCGCCGGUUCCGCCGGCCCCGCGCUCAAUGGCCAUCAAGAAGUCGAGCAAGAAGGUUUUCCACCAGGGUCGCCCCGUGUCCGCUGCGUGCUGA